AUGGGCGAUGGCUUCAAAUCAACUUCCAAUCCAAUUCUUCCACCAGCUGAAGUACCGCCAGCGGAAAUUCCGCUCAAUGCCAAUUUUCCGCCGCAAUCUUUCCCGCCGCCUGCCCCUCCCAUUCCCAUUCCGAUUCCCGAUACUUCUCCACCGGAGAGUAACUCCGCAUUCGAUAAUAUAAGAUACCCCUUCCAAGAUGAUCUUUCCCUCCCCCUCGCAACCCUCGAUCUCAAAACCCUCGCGACAAAAUGGCCUCACAACUAUGAUCCCGCCGCUCCAAUCGGUUCAAGAUACGCCUAUGCAACCUUCAUGAACACGCACAAUCCCUCAAUCCGCGACCCAUACUUCAUGGCCGUACAAUCUCUCAUCUAUCGGGUUCUCUGGCGACCUUCUUCAAAAACCCACUCGUACCCUUUCAUCGCCUUUGUCGCUUCCCACGUCACUCAGGAACAACGACUAUUACUUGCCGGUGCGGGAGCUAUCGUGCGAGAACUAGGUUCUUUGGAUUGGAACCCUAGUACGAAAGAUCUAGCAGACGGAGAAGCCAAGCCGAUUUUUUCACGAUGGAGAGAUACUUUUUCGAAAUUACAUAUGUGGGCACAAACUGAUUUCGACCGAAUGUUAUUUUUAGACGCAGAUGCAUUUCCAUUAGAAAAUCUCGACGAGAUGUUUAACUUAGUUCCUCCAAAGACUUGUAAUGCUCUAAAACAAGAACCGAGUGAUUAUUUCCCCGACGGCGCAGCAAGCUGUAAUGGCGAGGAAUUUAUCUUCUCGGGAGUUCCUCAGACUCCUGGAAUUCCGCUCGUGAUUAAUGUCGGAGCAAUGGUGUUUACACCAAGUCAAUUGAUGUAUAAGAGAUUUCUGCAAAAUUAUCAGAAAUAUAAUAUGUAUAAUACGAAUAUGGCAGAUCAAGCAUUUUUAGCGUGGCAAUUUAACGAAGAUGGUGCGUUUCCGGUAACACCGCUAGAGAGGAAAUGGGGAGGAUUUUUCCCGCGGGAAGAUGAUAAGGGAAAGUUGAAGGUGGUGCAUGAGAAAUUGUGGGCGGAGGAAGGAUGGCUAUUGCAGGAGUGGAUGGACGGGUGGUCGGAAAUGUUGGGUUGGUUUGAUGGGGGUGGGUUUGAGGCGGAGAGGAAUAGAGAUGAAUUUUUUAAACCGAAGUUGGGAUUGCAUUUUGGGAAUGAGGAGAUGGUUUAG